CCAGUGAAACCGAAUGCCGCGGGAACGCGAACAGAUAACUAUCUCAAAAGCCAGAAUUACUUGUAUUACUUGAAGAAUUGUGUGAUAUUGUUGGAAAUUUAUUCUUGCGUAUGUAGCGUAUUUAUUCUUGCUACCCGGAAACCCUUUGGAAUCGAAAAUAUUAUUUAUUUAUGUAGUUAGACUCGCAGAAGUUCGUACCUAUGCUUUGUGCAAAUUGCUAGAAGAAUGGAUUUUAUUUUCCAGACUUAUCCAUAGCAGCAAGAAAUGUGGGAGACUGACGUUUGAAGUACUUUUGUAGUCUUGUUGUCAACGCAAUCAUGCCACGCUCAUCCCCAGCAGAUGUUGAACAGGGAGGCACUCCCUUACGAAAUCAUGACAAUUAUGAAGAACUUUCAAUGAUUGGAGUUGGGUCCUAUGGGACAGUGUUCAGAGCAAGGGAUCGAUCAAAUCCUGAUAACAUUGUGGCUUUAAAAAAAAUCCGCGUGCCUCUGUCUGAAGAUGGCGUGCCUUUCAAUACGCUGAGAGAGAUCUCUCUUCUGAAACAAUUGGACCAAUAUGAGCACCCUAACAUUGUUCGAUUACUUGAUAUUUGUCACGGUCAAACAAUGGAAAGAGAGCAACAACUUGUGCUCUACCUUGUGUUUGAACAUGUCGAUCAAGACUUGGCAACCUACAUUGAACGAUGUCCUCCCCCAGGAUUAGGAUCUGCCCGUAUCAAGGACAUAAUGUAUCAACUGCUGAAUGGAGUGGACUUUCUUCACAGUAAUAGAAUAGUUCAUCGUGAUCUAAAGCCCCAAAAUCUGUUGGUAACUAAUGGUGGCAAUGUUAAGCUUGCUGACUUUGGUUUAGCAAAGACCUAUGAUUUUGAAAUGAGAUUGACAUCAGUGGUUGUUACACUCUGGUAUCGAUCACCAGAGGUUUUGCUUGGGUGCUGUUAUGCCACUCAAGUGGAUAUAUGGUCUUGUGGUUGUAUAAUGGCAGAACUCUUCAGAAGAUCUCCGUUAUUUUGUGGUCAAAGUGAGGUAGAUCAGCUUGAUAAAAUUUUCCAAAUUUUAGGUACUCCAUCAGAAGAGGAUUGGCCUGACAAUGUCAACCUCUUGUGGAAUGCUUUUCAAAGACACCCCUCUUCACUCAUUCAAGAUCAUGUUCCUGAAAUUUGCAAUGAUGGAGUUGAUCUUCUAAAAAAAAUGUUGCAUUUUAAAGCAAAUGACCGCAUCAGCACUGCAGAAUCGCUUAAUCAUCCCUACUUCUCCUCCUCUGGAUAUGCACCUGCUAUGUCUCUACUUUCCUCCAUGAGUCCCAAUCGUUCGCUGACUCCACCCAGCGGGGAAUCACAAGUUUCUCCUGUUGUCUCCCCAAGAUCUACACCAAACUCACUCAGUCGUAGUGCGUCUGAGUCAGCAGACAAUUGAAAUUGAUCUCACCCAGGGAGUCAUAAAGAAAUUUUAUUGCCACUCCUCAUCUUCAUUUGGAUACUGUCAGCUUGUCUGUGAUUGCCUAGUUUCCUGAUGAGAACAUUCCUUCAUUAAUCGUGGACUAAUUACUCUCCUAAAGUAUAUUGAGAAUGUUUCAGUAUAUCUAUCACACAGCAUAUCUAAUUUUAAUCUUGUGUGAUGGAAUGAAUUUUAAUGUGCAUACAUCUUGUGAUUACCUAGUAGAAUUCCAUAACACUGGGCUUCCGCAUUUUUCCAGGUCUGUGAUAACAUAACCAUGUGUAUACAGUAAUUGUAAGAGUUCAUUUUUUUAAAUUAUUGAAUGAAUUGCUCAAUUGAAUCUUAAUGAAAAGUUUUGCUCAUAUGGGAAGGAUCUCAUUUCAUGGAUGAGUGUAACAUAAAUAUGAGAGAAAUUAAGUACUGUUGCCAGUUUUAAAGUGGUCUUGGACUAUCAGUGCCUUUUGUUUCUAAGUGCAAGUUUUACGUUAUCAUAAGUUAUACUUAAAAUUCGACAGGCCUUUGCAUAAGUAGGUAAGAGUAAGAUGCAAUAAGUAAUUUUAAAGGUGUUCAAAUUAUGUUUUUAACUGACAGAAUACUUGGUUGUUUUCCAAUUUUUACAUUAGUUUGUAGUUUGUAUCUGUACUUUUUAAAUUGAUAGGGGAAAAAGAGAAACACUCUCAUUGGUUGUUGAUUGAUUGAACUAUACAUACUUCUUUAUGUAUUUUGAUGCACGAUCUGACUGUUUCAGAUUGUGCGCAGCUUGUUUGAGAUAAAGUCUGUGCUCAACCUCUCUUCUGUAAAAUUCUCGAGGUUAAACAUUUAAUUUGGUUUUUCUUGGCAUUAUUUCAUCAUACUAUGUAUUUGUUACUGUAGACAAGAUUUCAUGGUAUACAAUUUAUUUGCAUAACAUACUAUUUGUCUGCAUACAGAAGCACUAGCAAUAUUGUUGUAUGCAUGAAAACAUAUCUUUUUCUCUUGAGGUAUUCUUCAGAUUUGUGUCCUUUACAUAUUUUUGUAUCAUAUGUACUAUUUAUUUAUUGCUCACUUUAGCAACUAAGGAAUUUUUGUCUUAGGUGAACAUGUACUUAAGGCACAAGUUGUUUCCUUUUAAAUAAGAAUAACAUGGCAUAUCAUUGAAAGCUCAUGUGAAAAAUAAAAGAUGCACAAACAUUAUUUGUCUCCCUUUAUGUAUUACAUGUGAUUCAUUGUUGUAAUGUUAUCAAAAUCUUUUUGUAAUAGUUUUUAUGUACACUUCUAAAUAGGUUUUUAGAAAACAAAAGUAAAGUGGUUGAUAAAUUUUAUCUGGAUUGUAGCUUGUUUUUUUGUGGGUUUAAAAGCAAAUCAAAUACAACCUCUUCAACCACAGCACAA